AUGGACACUUUACUGACGGCCGAGGUGGCGGCAAACUCCCCCAGGUAUCGCCGGAGGUCGAGUACCUUCAUCGAUGCCAUCCAUGACUUGCCCGAAAAGGAAGAGAUGGCUCCGGCCCAGCUGUACAGCACCGAGUCAGGCCGUCUCUUCCACUCGGGUCGCAUCGUCAUUGUCACCGUGGGCCUGCCGGCCAGGGGCAAGACGCACAUUUCUGUUGCCGUAGCACGUUACUUGAGAUGGCUCGGUGUCAAGACCCAUGUAUUCCACCUGGGUGACUACCGGAGAGCCACGCUGGGCGCUGGGGGGGAUGUCCCGCACGAUUACUUCUUCCUAAACGCAUCGCCCAGCUCAGUUCUUCUGCGCAACAAGAUCCUGAAAAAGUGCCGCGAGGACAUCUACCACUUUCUGGAGCACGAGAACGGCCAAGUGGCCAUCUAUGACGCCGUCAACGCCAUUGCGACCGGACGGACAGCGCUGGCGCGAGAGUUUGCAAAGCGCAACAUCCAGACGCUCUUUAUUGAGUCUCACUGUACAGACGAGAAAAUCAUUGAAGAAAAUGUUCGAAGCGUGAAGAUCUCGUCGCCAGACUACAUUGGCUGGAGCGACGAGGACGCCAUCAAAGACUACCUUGCCCGCAUCCAAGCGCGGAUACCGCACUUUGAGACGAUGCACGAGACCGAACUUCACUGGAUCAAGAUGAUCAACGCCGGCGAGCGUGUUAUUGUCAACCGCUGCAACUUUGGCUACCUUUCACAGCGUAUCGUUUUCUACCUGCUCAACCUACACAUCAAAUCGCGGCAGACGUACUUUGCGCGCGCCGGCACGACGCUCGAGCAGGACUCGUACAAAGCAGAUGCUUCAUUGUCGCCCGAAGGCGAAGACUAUGCACAGAAGAUGACGGAGGCGCUGCUAAAUCACCGCGAGGCAGAACGUAAGGCUUUGGUCGGGCAGGGAGCGUCAGACGCGCAACUAAAGCCUCUUACCGUGUGGACAUCGACUAGGCGACGGACCGUCGAGACGUCGGAACCAUUGGCAGAACAGGGCUACCGCGUACGGCAGCGCAGCCAGAUGAGCCAGCUGAACCCAGGAGUCUGUGAACGGAUGUCCGAGAACAAGAUCCGGAUAGAGUAUCCGGUGGAGGUGGCCAAGCAUGAGGCCGACCCCUAUCAUCACCGUUACCCGCGGGCUGAGUCAUACCACGAUCUCGCUGUGCGACUCGAGCCCAUCAUUCUCGAGCUCGAGCGCGAGCAAAACGACCUCCUCAUCAUUGCACAUGAAAGCGUGCUGCGCGUCCUGUACGGCUACUUGAUGGCCUGCAACGCAACCGACAUCCCCAAACUCGACUUUCCCCGCGACGAAAUCAUCGAAAUCAUCCCCGCCUCAUACAACAACGAAGCCAAGCGCAUCCACAUCACCGGCCUGCCGCAAAACAUCGUCCCCGCCUCGCCCGAGGACAUCUCGAUCCCGGUCCCGACCACCGCCACUGGCGUCAUGUCCCCCAGUGUAAACCUCGGCACGCCAGCACUGAACGUCAAGGACGCGGACGAAGGGGUGCCUGCGUCGAUGGGGGGGCCGGCGGGCCAUGAGCCGGCGGCGGCGCCCGCGCUGGAGUCACUAAAUGCCGCCGCGGCGGCGGCCGAGGCGGCGCAGCGCCCGAACAUGCCGCGCGGCAAGACGGAGCUGGGCCUCACGGUUACGAAUGCGGGGAUGCCGGUGGGGCGGACGCGGUCGGGGACGCUGACGCCGCAGGAUGGGCGGAUGACGCCGCAGCCUUUGAGCAUUAAGCCUAGUCAUGUGGAUCCGAGCUCUUAG